AUUCAAUGUGGUUAAGAUGCUCAAGUCCUUAUAAGUUAGCAAGCAGCACACCGAGAAUGGACUGGAGACCAUUAUUUCUUCUCCUGGCACUCUGGUUGAAUACGACGAAACUUGCAACUGUGUCAUCUGUUGUAAACAAAUCUUCCCAGCCAUACCAAUCCUAUCCCACUCUGUUCUCUUCGGCACCUCAUCAGACUGCCUCGGAGGCUAUUCCCCAGUAUGAUGGCCUCACAGUUCCACGAAGCCCAGUAAUGAGUAACUGUCAGCUUCAGCUCGAAUGCACCAAACAAAUCGAACAAGAAAGGGACGUUGACCUCUCAGAGCUACACCUUACAGAAAGUCGCAUACGACUCCCAAUACGAAGUGCUCAAGGUCCUCAAGGUCCGGCUGGACCACAGGGAAUUCGUGGACCCCAGGGCCCACCGGGACCGAUUGGUCCGAGAGGACUCAAGGGAGAGUGCAUCGAAAACAAGAGCUUGGGCAACCUGGCAGUAUCCCAGCCCUCGAGCUUCCUUCGAGUGGCAUGGCAGAUUCAUCAACCGCUGGGUGUACCAGCUCGUGUGUUUCGCCAGGCAAACAGUGUCCAUUCUCGCCGCUCAUCAGCCAAUUUGGGACACAAACUGGGUAGUGCACUUCGUCAGGCCAGUAAACCAGAAGAUGACUCUUUGAAACUAAUAAAAGAAUUUUUGCUUCCCGAGAAAGUACGUUUCACGGACCGUCUAGUUACACUUGAGGACGCGCUUGGACAUUGUAUACUGAAACUACCUGAUCUGAAAAGGCCAGCCGCAAAAGCGCAGUUGAACUUACCUCAAUGUAAUGUAAAUCCGCUCGAAAACAUUUCGCCAUGGGAUGGCGUUAUCAUUGAAUGGUCCCAGCUUGAUGGAAUCUCUGAGGAAAGAAUCUGGAGGCUGUUUGAAGAUGCACUCCUAAAUGACACAUUCACUGUUCAAAUCGCGAGUCGUUCACUAGAGAAUUACAGCGGUGUAGCCUCUGUCAGUUGGCGAAAUCUAAUCGCGGAUGACACCAAGUCGGAAAAAUGGACCGGCGCACUGGGUAGUCGAGAGGGUGGGCGCUAUCUCCAAAGGGAGACUAAACAGAUGCGGAUGAGCAAACGGAAGGAUGUGAACGGACUGGCUCACAACACACGAGCCCAUGGAAUAUGGGUGUUUUGUGCAACUGUCAUUCUUUGUUGCAGCGCUUCUGGUCCAUAA